AUGGACACCCCAUCGCUCCGUUCAAAAGCCUCGCAGGACACGCUGUUCUCCCUUCUCCAGUUGGAUCCGACACCCAUGGAUGCCGUGAACACGGACAAGGACCUCCCGCCGCUACCCGAGCAGACGGAAGCGUCUGCGUCUACUUCUACACCACCGCUCAAGUCCUCCACCACCUCUAGCAUCGGACUAAGCGGCAGCGGCCAUGGGCCCAUCUACUACCUCAUGCGAAUCCAGCGCUACUCAAGCUACACCUUCACCUUCUUCGCCUCUCUCCACCUCGCCACAACCUCCAUAAUCCCCCUCGUCGCCCAAUCCGUGCCCGCCUCCGAAUCCUACCUGCUCCUCGCGCGCGAGAUCUACCAAACCCCGCUCUCAGAACCUCUACUCGUUGCUCUGCCCAUCGCAGCGCACGUCGGCUCCGGCAUUGCGCUGCGGCUGCUGCGGCGCGCCCACAACCUGCGGCGGUACUACCACUACUACGACAACAGCGGCGGUGAGAAGCACCCGCUUCCGCUUCACCCGCGGCACCCCCUAGAUGUUGACCAACAACCCGCCGCCCCGACGCUGGCCCAGGGCUGGCCCGUGUUCAGCUACAUCGCUGGGUCCGGGUACGUCUUCACUGGGAUCCUGGCAGCGCACGUGUUUAUGAACCGCGCCCUGCCGCUGCUGGUCGAGGGCGACAGCGCAAACAUUGGCCUGGCGUACGUCGCGCACGGGUUCGUGCGGCACCGGGUCGUUUCGUGGUUUGCCUAUGCGCUCCUUCUGGCAGCUGGAUGCGGCCACAUGGUCUGGGGCUGGGCGAAGUGGCUCGGCUCGGCGCAGGCCGCGGGCUGGGCGCUUGAGCGGCCUACGGGGAAUCUGGUGUUUGAUAGGGCCACGCGGAAGCGCAGGCGGACGAGGUUGGUGGUUAUCAAUGCCGUCGCGGCGGUUGUCGCGGGGGUCUGGGCUGCGGGCGGGCUGGGGAUUGUUGCUCGUGGAGGGGAGACGCUGGGGUGGGUUGGGAAGUUGUACGAUGGGUUGUUUGAGAAGGUGCCGGGGUUUUGA